GGCUGGAUUACCACAAAACCAAGAAUGGCCCAAGGUCUCACAAAACCAAAAUUGCUCCACCUCCUACCGGCCUCUGUUAAAUCUUAUCCAUCUGUUCGUCUGAUCCUCUCUGCCUGUACUAGCUCCACCAUCUGGCAAUGGCAAUGGCAAUGCCUGUAGCUUGUAGUACCAACAACAAUACAUGGAACAUGUCAUCUCUAAUCUCAUCACUCCCUUCUUCUGCUUCUUCUUCUUCUUCUUCUUUAACCGCCGCACUGCGACUCCAGUCACCACAUCCACGUGCUCUUACUCUCUCCCGCCGUCACCAACAACAGCCGCUUCUCCUCCGCUCGUUCACCGGUCUUUCACCUUUAAAUUCUCUUCUAUCAAUUGGAUUCUCCGAGUAUACUAGUUUUGAGAAUGGGUUCCCUUCAAUUGAUAAUGGGUCUAGAGUUUUUGGUAUGAGACAUGGAAGGCGAGUUCCUAAGCUCAAUAGGCCACCUGACCAGAGGAAGGCACUCCUUAGAGGGCUAACUACUCAGCUUCUUAAACAUGGAAGGAUCAAAACAACUAGAGCUAGAGCUAGUGCCAUGAGGAAAUAUGUGGACAAGAUGAUUACUUUAGCUAAAGAUGGGUCUUUGCACAAGAGAAGACAAGCUCUUGGUUUUAUAUAUGAAAAGCAGAUUGUUCAUGCCUUGUUUGCUGAGGUCCCAGAUAGGUAUGGUGAAAGAAAUGGUGGGUAUACCAGGAUUAUUAGAACUUUGCCGAGGAGAGGAGAUAAUGCGCCAAUGGCUUACAUUGAGCUUGUUUAGAGAUUUUCUUCUUGCUUUCAAGAUCAAUCGUUUUCCUGUCUCAUCUUCUUCAAGAGAUGAUUGUAAAAUAUCUUCAUUUCCUUUUGCGACUGACUAAGGCGAUUGCUGUAUUCAUAUUGGAUACGAAAGACCCCUAUUUACUAUUCUACCUCUAGAGCUAAAGGGGCUGCGUGACCAUUUUUCAGAAAACUACAUGCCACUGUUCUGUGGAGGAUAUCAAAGUUCUCUUUUAAUGCAAUGGCAGUCUGACAUGUGUGUUGAUUCUAGGAUCUUAUUGCAUGAUCUUUCGCCACAUGGAAAAUGAGUUAGUGAAGUCCUCAAAAUCAAUGCUUAGUAUCAGACUUGCUGAUUCUGAUUUCAUCUUCAAAAGUCAAAAUUGAGAUGCUCACGUGCUAUAUUUCCCACCUUCUUUUCUGCUUCUAUGUCUUUUGUCUUGUUUUGUUGAAAUUUGCAUGCUUUUAUGUGCCAUGGCAAGCAAAUUCCAGGAUGAAACAUCUAGGAGAUGGAACAAGGGAAGAUGCCUUCUUUUUAAGGUGUCAGCAGGUGGGUGAACUUGGUGUGUGAAUUUACCAAGAAUUGGGUGAAUAUAGUAAAGUAUUAUGCUUUAUGUGUUGUCUUCCUUAAGUACUUGAAAAAGAUACUUGUAAACGAAUUAUGCUCAAGUAGGCAUUUAUUA